AUGGACGCCUUCCUCACCAAGGAUAUCUCACAGAUGAGCUAUGAGGAGCUCGAAAAGGCCGCCCGCCACUACGGUCUCGAUGAGCAGUCCAAGGUCGACCUCGUCCAGAUUGACGGCCUGGUUGUGCUCAAGAUUAUCAAGCACUGCCGUGAGAACCUGCCCGAGCUUGUGACCGGCCAGCUUCUGGGUCUCGAUGUAAACUCCACCUUGGAGGUGACCAACAGCUUCCCUUUCCCUCAGCGCGAGGAGGAGGCUUCCGUCGACGAGGCCGAGUCGGGUGCCAAGUACUCGCUCGAAAUGAUGCGUCAUCUCCGUGAGGUGAACGUGGAUAACAACACAGUGGGCUGGUACACGUCCACGUACCUCUCUUCCUUCCUCUCGGAGUCUUUGAUCCAGGACCAGUUCAACUACCAGACCACCAUCAGCAAAUGCGUGGUCGUGGUCUACGAUCCCCUCAAGACCAACCAGGGCGAGCUGUCCCUCAAGGCCUACCGGCUGUCCGAUGCCUUCAUCACCCUCUACCAGAACGAGGACUUCACCGCUGCCAGCAUUGCCCGGGCCGGUCUCUCGUACAACACCAUUUUUGAAGAAAUCCCCAUCAAGAUCAGCAACAUCUCCCUCGUCAAGGCCUUCCUCGCCGAGCUCGAGGACAACGAUUUCCUGGAUCGGGGCGCCGAGUUCGAUCGUCUCUCGGACGUGUCGAGCGAUGCCUUCUUGGAGAAGGGCAUGAGGUACCUCAUCAAGUCGAUUGAUGCGCUGGACAACGAGCAGAAGAAGUUCCAGAAGUUCCAGUACUACCAGAAGAACCAGAGACAGAGGAGGGGAGAGGAGGAGGACAGCAGACCGCUGCCGCAGCCGCCGAGCCAGCUGGACAACCUGCUGAUCACGGGCCGCGUGAACAACUACUGCGAUCAGAUCAACCAGUUUGUGGGACAGGGCUUCUCCAAGCUGUGCAUGCUGCAGGGCCUGGUGCAGGGACAGGGUAAGGGCAAGGAAGACGAAACGACCACCACCAAGACCUCUGCCUAG